AUGGCAACAACCAUCAGCGCUCGUGACAAAGCCUUGGCUAAACGCAAGCGGCUUCAAUGCGUCGAUUGUGGGAAUGCGGGCUACAUUGUCAUAGACCACACUGAAGGUAACCAGAUAUGCGUCAACUGUGGAAGGGUGGCCGAAAACGUGCUCAUCUCGGAUCAGCAGGAGUGGCGUAACUUCAGCUCGGAGUCGAGUGGAGGGCGUGGCAGCGAACGUAGCCGUGUGGGAGAGGUCAACGAUGUGUGGAUGGACGGCGGUAACUCCACCACGUUCAUAGGGGGGUCGCGGAAAAUGCAACACAUACAAAACCUAGUUGGGAACUUCGAAAACGCCGAUAGACACCUGAAAGCCGCCUUCUCGAUGCUGCGACACGUUGGGGAUGUCAUCAACGUAAACGACCUUGUCCUUGAUAGGGGCAAGGAAAUAAUGAAGGAGCUCAACCAACUUAACCAACUCAAAGGCCGCUGCAACGGGGUCAAUACGCUCGCCAUCAUAUACAUGGCGAGCCGAGAGGUCGGCGUGUGCCGCACGUUGAAGGAGAUGGUGAUAUACGACAGAAAAAUAUCGCAAAAGGAUCUUGGCAGAGCCAUCAACCGAUUGAAAAGGAUCCUGCCCACGCGCGGGAAUGCCGCGGUUGAGGACGCUGCGCAGCUCCUACCAAGGCUUUGCUCAAGGCUUGGUAUCAACAGCAGGGCGUCGUCGCUCUGCGAAUACGUAGCUGGCAAGGCGGCUCUCAUACUGCACACCUCCCACCGCACCACAUCGCUGGCAGCGGCCAUCAUAUACUUCAUCGCCCAGGUGGCGUGGUCGCCGGUAUUCGGCAACAAGGUCCCCCAAUUAUCUCAGAUUUCCAUGGUAUGCGGAGCCGCCGAAUGUACCAUCAGGACGACAUUCAGGGAACUCCUAAAAAUCACGCACCUUAUAUUGCCACCCAACUUCAACCGUGAAACCGGGGAGGUUGGUAGUGCUUAG